CAGGCGUCCCGCUGCGGAGAAGGAAUAGUUUCUUUGAACGGGUGCUGGUCGAGUGACAGCUCGUGCGCCGAGAUGGCCCAACAACCGGUGCUCACUUGGCUCGCCCAGCUGGCUACUUGUCAGACACUCGCGUGGACAGUGGCGGUGCUUUUCGUCGCGUGGUUCUUAAAGAACCACUACUUGCCCUGGCUUAAGAUGUGGCUGGCAUUGAAGCCCCUGCCUGGGCCCUGGGAUUGGAUACCGUUCUGGUACCUCCUCUACGUGUACUGGAAGAGGAGAAAACAGCUCAGUGCGGAUAACUUUACGGCAGCCGUGUUCGCUGCAGUACACGACCUUUGCAAGGCGUACGAAGGAAAGACGCUGAAGGGAUACCUGUUCUUCACACCCGUCGCGGGAAUACACACGCCCGAAGCAGCACAGAUCCUCCUGAUGGGCAAAGUGAAGUCCGACAAGCCUGUCCUUUACAGGUUUCUGAAACCAUGGCUUGGACACAGAAGCCUUCUUAUGAUUGGCGGUGACGCCUGGAAGACCAAGCGGCGGAUUUUCAUGCAAGCGUUCCACACGAGCGCCAUGGACGGCUACUUGUGCUCCAUGCGCGACAACGCCGACUGCCUGGUGGCCAGGAUAGAUCAGCUUCUCAAGGAAUCUCCGGGAGAGCCCAUCGUGUGUCUCGAAAACGUGCAGAAGUGCGCGCUGGACAUUAUCGGACGCUUUGCCCUGGGUGAAGAGCUCGGCGUUCAAAGGGACAAGCACGGAAACUAUGGCACCUACUUUCACAUGUUGACAGUGCUCAUAAGCUCAAGGACAUUUCAACCCUGGAACUGGUUGGACGCAGUCUACAACUUAACCCCAAGUGGAAGACUCUUCCAGAAAACACUCCGAAAAAUAGAAGCCAUCGUCAAAGGCGUGCUCAAGAACCGAAAAAACGUGCUCCAGAAGCUUCACAAUGACACGCAAGACCACGAAGAACAACCUUUGCCAAAUGGCGACGGUGAUGGCUCCUUGUUCCUGGACAGUCUUCUAUUGGCUCACCUAAAGAACCCGUCGUACACGCUGGACGAAGCCAGAAAAGAUGCCGACUUCAUGAUGUUCGCCGGCAGCGACUCAAGUUCGUGCGCCAUCAGCUGGAGCCUGUACCUCCUUGGUCUCCAUCCGGAGAAACAGCGCAAAGUGCAACAGGAACUGGAGGAUGUCCUGGGUCGCGACCCGGACAGGUUCUACACGUUGGAUGACCUGAAGCGCCUCGAAUACACGGAGUGCUGUAUAAAGGAGACACUGCGCCUCUGUCCGCCGUUCCCGUUCAUCGGAAAAGUUACUGAUGAAGAUUUGGUCAUUGAUGGACACACUUUGCCGAAGGGUCUAUCGUGUUUCCUCAACAUCUUCAGCCUACACAGAAACCCCAACCAGUUUGACAAACCAGAGGAGUACAUACCAGAAAGGUUCAUGUCGGAAGAGAACAGUCGGCGGCAUCCGUACAGCUACCUUCCCUUCUCUGCUGGUCCCAAGAACUGCAUAGGUCAGAAGUUUGUCAUGAUGGAGGUCAAGGUUGUACUGGCCAAGAUCCUCACCAAAUUUACCGUCGAGUCUACACGUCCCCUCGAAGAGGUUGAGAUGACCUUCGAGAUUGUCCUCAAGGCCAAAGGAGGACUUCCUGUGUGGUUUCGCAGAAGAGAGCUGUCUUAGCUACACUUUUGUAGUAUAUGUACAUAAACCAAAGCCUUGUCGAUA